AUGCUCUUCUCGCGCGCUUCUCGCUGCCUGCCGCGCACGUCGGCGCUCACCACCAGCCUUCGAACCUUCGCAUCCAGCCCCAAUCGCAUUAACUUGGCGGUCGUGGGCACCGGCCGCAUGGGACGCAUCCGUUUGACCGGAAUGCAGAAUGACCCGCGCGUUUCCAUCGCUGCGAUCAUCGAUUCCAAUGCCAGCGCCGAACAACUACAAGAAUUGAGUAGCCAAUACGGAGCCGAGUGUUUUGCGUCUCUCGCGGAGGCUGGGGGUGCUCUGCAGCGGCAGAACGAGGCCGUGGACGGCGUCUGGAUCUCCACACCAACCCACACGCACUUGGAGCUUGUAAACGAUUGUGCUGCUGGAGUUUUGGGCAAACAUAUCAAAGCUAUUGGCAUUGAGAAGCCUGUGGCCGCGUUGGUGAACGAGAUCGACACAGCUUAUCAAGUAUGUCACAAGAACGACGUGAAGCUCUUCUGUUCCUUCCAAAGGAGAUUCGACCCCAGCUACGAAGCGCUGCGCGUCCAGUGCGUGGACAAGCAGAGCAUCGGCAAGCUGCAGUCGAUCCACACGGUAUUCCGUGACCAUCCGUGUCCGCCUGUGGAGUUCCUCAAGACUGGAGGAGACCCGUUCCACGACCUCGCUGUACACGACAUCGACUUCGUGUGCGACCUGGUGGGCGAGUACCCCACCAAGGUAUACGCACAUGGGACGAGCUUGUCUGCAGAGCUGAGAGAACUCAAUGUCAUGGAUAAGGCCAGUGUGUGGCUUGAGUUCCCCACUACAGGCGUGGUUUGCACCAUGGACCUGAGUCGCAGUGCGGAGUAUGGCUACGACCAGCGCAUUGAAGUGGCUGGUGAACACGGCAUGCUACAAGUACAAAACCCGAGCAAGACCGCCAUGGUGCAGUCCACGAAGGCUGGAAUCACCGCUGACACGCUGCUACAUUCAUUCCCGGAGCGAUUCCGCGAGGCCUAUCAACUCGAGCUCGACAGCUUCAUCGAUGUCGUGCAGGGCAACGCCAACCCUCGUGUGCACUGGGGAGCUUCGCGCAUGAACACUAUCAUCGCCGAGGCUGCUCGCAUUGCAGCAGUCGAGAAGAAGGUCGUCACCAUCAAGUACACCGGCACUAAGCAAACAGCUCCUAGAUCCGACCCAGUUUUAGAAUGUGAGUACGAGUUCUAA